AUGCAAGCUACGGACGAGCCGACUCAAUCAGGAAUUGACUUGACCCUGCCUGAAGAGAAAACUCAAGAUGAAAUCAAGAUCGAACAGAGUGGAUGUAUUCAUGCUCUUCAACGGUAUCGGUGGAACGUGUAUUAUGAAAUGGACGAUCUCGACGAGGAAAAAUGGCUUGAGCUUCUCCGGAUAGAACAAGACCUUCGAAGUACUGUCCAGGAAGAGCAAAUCCUCGCUAAUAAGACUAAGACCACGUGCAGCUGGCAAAUCUUUCGGAAUGAUACACAGACCGAGCUUCAGGCUUGA